CUUGUCGCAUCUCACUUCGCUGGGCGCAGAAGUGCUGGAUCAUGUCGCUGGGUAUGUUUGAAUCUAUAGUCAAUGCCGGAACCUAACUGCAAUGUUGCUUUUGUCCAACUUGUGACCUGCGCUCUUUGCUUUGAUUCUUAAGGAGCUUGUCACGCACAGCUUCAAGCUCCAUUCAGCUAACCCAUCAUGCGAUCAUAGACGAAGAAAGCCUCGACACAGUCGCCAAUGGCGGCACGAUGGACUAUGAGAAAUGGCCCAGCAUGGUCGAACCCCUGCUAGAACGAUUGGAAUAUAUCAUAUACAACGUCUUCCCAAUGCCGCGGAUUCCUCCCGACCUUCAGGAGCAGUCUGCUAAUCCCACCGUCCCCACAACCACACCAUCCACGACUCUCCAGACCUCCACACAGCCCGAGCCAUCAUCGCAGCAAUCCUCCGCAACUGAGCGUAUCGACACCCAAGUCCCGUCCUCGCAAGGCUCCUCUCUUCCCGAACCCCUCCAACACCACCUAAACUCCAUCAAAUCCACCUUGCGAUCCCUCUUCGCCUCAAAACCCCCACACACUAUCCAACGUCUCGCAGAACUAAUCGUCCGCCCCACUGCCCACUACCGCACUCUUCCCGCAUAUCUUCGCGCCGUCGACCGCGUCGUCUGCGUCACCAGCAGCGCGGAAAUCUUUCCCCUCCACUCGACACAUCAUGGCGCUGCUCCCCAGCCCAACGGCGCGGUCAUCAACGGCGCCGAUACCGGCCUCUUGUUCCCGGACCAUGCGCUCGGUAGCGAUGAGUCUCUAGGCGGAGCUCUUCUCACUCCGAUACCGUGGUUGAGUAAUGAUCCCUCAUCGCCGGAACAUGAAGGGGAAAGCGGUACACUUAUGGGGGAUACUGGGUUCCCUACCCAGGGGGUGGAGCAUACUGGCGCUGAGCAAGGAGAUCAACAGAUGGGAUCUGUUCCUACUGCGGAGACGAUGACGGUAGUGACAGCAGACACAAAUGGAAACGAAGGCACGGGUGAAGCUCCGCCGGCUGAAGCACUGGAGGAUAUUCCGCAUGCAAGAGGUCCCUCUGUAGUCGGGGUGGAGGAUCUAGGGUUACAGGAUGGUAGGGGUGUGGAGAUGGAUCUCUCGAGUGGAGGGGAGGGGGCGCCGGAACUGCAGGCUUCUGGACAGGAGACUUCCCAGCCGCAGCAGGAGCAAGAGCAAGGGAACCAGCAGCAGCAGGCUACUGGCCAGGAUGGAGAACAAGGUGCUAAGUCGACAGCAGAUGGAGAUGGUGAUAUUUCUCUAGAUGAUGUCAAAGCUCCGGAGGAGAACGCUUCCGUAACUGAAACGGCGAAUAAAGAUCAGCAGCAAGCGUAGCUUUUGGGACGUCGCAUGAUAUGGUAUUCAUAAUCUAUUAGCGUGUCGUGCUUUGUCUUGUCGCGCAUUACAUUUCUUCUUGGACUCUCUCUCUCUCUGUCUGCCUGCCAGCUAGCUUACAUUGUUAAAUCAUGAUUGAAGACUUGACUUUGACUAUCGUUGUCAUGAACCGUGUUCCCUUGGCGUUAUCUAUCAAUUACUACUUACUACAACUAACAGUGAGCAAGCAUGCAUAAUUACUCAAGUGCGCG